AUGCAGCAAGAACCAAGUGAAAAAUUAACUGAUGAAAAGGCUUUAGAUCAAGUAUCUUUAAAAAAAGAUACUUUUCAAAUUGAAGAUGCUUUCCAAGACACUGAAAAUGCCGAAAUAAAAUAUAAAACCAUGCUAUGGUGGCACGCUACUACUUUAAUGAUUUCGGAAACUGUUUCUUUAGGCGUUUUGUCUCUUCCUUCUAUGUUUGCGACUAUUGGGAUUAAUCUUGGACUUUUUUUUGUUCUAUUUCUUGGUAUUGUAGCAACAUAUACGGGUUAUGUUCUUGGUCAAUUUAAAUUGAAAUAUCCUUUUGUUAAUACUAUGUCUGAUGCUGCUUUUGUACUUUGGGGACCGACUGCUCGUAGUAUUACUGGAGUGGUUCAAGUUAUUUUUCUAAUUUUCUGCAUGGGAUCGCAUGUUCUUACAGGCGGGAUUGUAUUUAAUGUAGUAACUGAGCAUGCUACUUGUACUAUUAUUUUCACUGUUAUUACAACAAUCAUAUGCAUUUCUAUUACUCUGCCACGCACUCUUAAGUUUGUUUCUUAUUAUUCUGUUAGUUCGUGUAUUAGUAUUGUUGUUGCAGUGUACCUUAUCAUGAUCGCAGUUUCUGCUGGCAAAAAACCUGCUGAUAUUACUUUUGGGUUUCCAAAAGGGACUAGUUUUUUCAGGGCAUUAAACAGUAUUACUAAUAUUAUAUUUGCAUAUGGUGGUCAUAUUGUUUUUUUUAAUAUUAUGUCAGAAAUGAAGAAUCCGAAAGAAUAUACAAAAGCAUUAUAUUGCUUACAAGUUUUUGAUAUAUUUGUUUAUCUUUCUGUUGUGUUAAUAUACGUUUAUGUUGGGAAUGAGGAAUUUAAAAGACUUAGUUAUGUUACUGCAUUAAGUGCCGCUAGUCCACUUAUCAGGAAAAUUGCAUAUUUGAUUUCUAUUCCUACCGUUAUUGUUUCUGGUGUUAUUAACGGACAUAUUGCUGCAAAGUAUAUUAUGGUUUAUCUUGAUAAUAAAUAUAAGAAUUUACUGCAUUCAAGAAAUACUAGAUCUACGGUUAUUUGGGUGCUCAUAUGUUCUGCUUUAUGGUUCAUAUCUUGGCUAAUUGCAGAAUUAAUUCCUAUAUAUAAUGAUCUUCUUGGUUUAAUCGGGAGUUUAUUUAUUUCUUGGUUUACUUAUGGUACAGGUGGUAUAUUUUGGCUUUAUCUUGAGAAAGGUAAAUACUUUGUCUCUAAAAAAAGUACUUGUUUAUUUAUUGUUAAUACUUUAAUUGUUGCUGGUACUACUUUUGUUAUGUUCUUUGGUGUGUAUUCUAAUAUCAGAGCUGCAUAUGAAAAUCGAACUGUAAAGGGCGUUUUUUCAUGUUCUGAAUAA